AAUGUCAUUAAAGCUGUAGUAUUGAAGAACAUCGGCCGUAUUCACAUUUACAGGAAUUGCUGAAGAGUUUUUUGACAGACCAAGAAGCAGUUCCUAUUGUUGAGAUGCGUAGCAGAGGCCAGAAGACACCGCAAAAUUUUGAAUGAAACUGGUAUGAAUGGUUCCAUAGCAAGUACAAAUGUGGAUCUACAUUAUCAAAGCAAACAAAGUUCACCAAAUUGAUAACCAUGGCUUCAUCUUAGAGUUGGUUAGUUGACUCGGUUCUGAUAUCCAGAUAUUAUAACACUCAUCUUGCGGUGUUGAUAGAGUUCGGCCACAAAAGAGACUUCAGUCAAACUACAUUGUUGAACAUGUUAGUAUGAACACUAUUCCAAGAACAAGUGCAAUAUCAACAAAUUGGUUAGCCAAGUGUCGGGGAAGCACUGCAGAGGUGUCCAGGACCGGGUCGUAUUGAAUGCAUGCAUUGUAUGAUGUUUGCCUUGCAAUGCCUGGACAUUGAGAAGGUUAAGGUUCAAGCCAUGAUGAACUGAUUAUCAUCUUACAUUGAUUUGACUUUUCACACUGUCAUUGUUUGAGGGUACACUGAGGAAAUUACAUGUUCAAGAUGCUUGGGCAACAAAGCUUCAUUAUAGAACCAUAAUAACAGACAGACAGAACAUCAUCUUGUUUCAACUGAGUGACCCCCUGUGAAACCCCAACACUUAAAGGAGGAUGAGACAAUACAUAAACUCUGUCUUUGUCAUGCUGUCCAUGUGUAAAUCCUAAGCUACAGCUCACUGAGGACGUUAGUACUUUUGGUGGCAGCGGUGGGAUAAUUGGAUUUGAAGGCCACGCACUGGGACGCUGGCAUGGAUGCCAAGGGGAAAGGCAAAGGGGUGGACAAGUCCUCAGCAACCCCAGAGAAUGUCAAGAAGCAGGUGAUGGUGAGGGUUCCUGGAGACCAGGUCAAGAGGCCAGGGCCAGGCAAGAAGAAGACCAGGAAUACUCAUUCUGAGGCGGAUCUGAGCAAGGAGUUUGCAAAAUGCAAGGAGCAAGGGGACAGAAGACUUGAUCUUAGCAAACUAUCGAUCGCCAUUCUCCCGAGUUCGUUGAAAGAUCUCACUCAGCUUGUGGAACUGUAUCUCUAUGGGAACAGACUCGUUUGCUUACCUGCGGAGAUAGGUUGCCUUUGCAACCUGGAGAGAUUGGCGCUGAACGAGAACUCACUGACGACAUUACCAGAAGAAUUGGAGAAGUUGAGCUCCCUGAAAGUCCUGGAUCUGAGGCACAAUAAACUUAAAGAGAUUCCUGUUGUGGUGUAUAAGCUUCUUUCGCUAACCACAUUAUUCCUCCGCUUCAAUCGUAUCACCCAAGUUGAUGAAGACAUCCAUAACUUAACGAAGCUAACGAUGUUGAGCCUGCGGGAGAACAAGAUCAAAGCAUUGCCGAGAGGAAUAGGAAAGCUUACACUUCUGACAACGUUUGACGUCUCUCACAAUCACCUGGAACAUCUUCCAGAAGAAAUCGGGAACUGUACUCUGCUAUCCUCACUGGACCUACAGCACAAUGAGCUCCUGGACCUCCCUGAGUCUAUUGGUAACCUCAACUGUUUGAGUCGCCUUGGCCUGAGGUAUAACCGACUUACCGCCAUCCCAAAGAGUCUCAGCAACUGUGUCAAUCUUGAGGAAUUCAACGUCGAAGGCAACAACAUUGGUAUCCUACCAGAAGGACUUCUUUGCUCAUUAAACAAACUGACAAGCAUAUGCCUGUCAAGGAAUAACUUCACUGCAUACCCAGUAGGAGGACCACAGCAAUUUGCUACAGUCGAUACGAUCAAUAUGGAUCACAAUCAGAUCAACAAGAUUCCUUUUGGGAUUUUCAGUCGAUCAAAGUACCUGACCAAACUCAACAUGAAGGACAACCAGUUGACUGCUCUUCCACUAGAUGUUAACAGUUGGACGAGUAUGGUAGAGCUGAAUCUUGGCACAAAUCAGAUCAGCAAGCUGCCAGAAGAUAUUGAACACCUUACAUCAUUAGAGGUUCUUAUCCUUAGUAAUAAUCUUCUCAGGAGACUUCCAAGCAGGAUUGGGAACCUGAGUAGAUUGAGAGAAUUAGAUCUUGAGGAGAACAAAUUAGAAGCUUUGCCCUCUGAAAUAGCUUACCUGAAAGAGCUUCAGAAACUAUCUGUGCAGACGAAUCAACUUACGCAACUCCCAAGAUCCAUAGGGCGACUCACAAAUCUGAUCUACUUGAAGGCUGGCGAAAACAAUUUGUCGUCAUUACCUGAGGAAAUAGGCUCGCUGGAACAACUUCAACAACUCUACAUUAAUGACAAUCACAAUCUUAAUCAUCUCCCAUUUGAGCUGGCGUUAUGUUCAUCACUACAGAUAAUGAGUAUAGAGAAUUGCCCUCUCUCACAGAUACCGCCAGAGGUGGUAGCAGGCGGGCCGUCUCUCGUUAUACAGUACCUGCGAUACCAGGGCCCCUAUCGUCACAUGGUGUCACUCUGAUUUCAAUGGAGACGCACCUUGGAUAUUAUGCAAACAGUACCGUGUAAACACUCCCCAGACAACAUUUAAGACUUGUGGUAAUUUAUGUGUAUAUUCCAUUGAGAAACGCUGGCUGUGUUAACGCUGGGAACUAUAAUCGAACUGCAAACGUCAGUGUUUUUAUUCUAUGUGGACAGCAGGAGGACUGCGAGAGGGUUGCGAGGUGGAGAUACUGUGAAGACAUUCCACUGCACGCUCUGUUAUGUUAAUACAACUCCCGUGAUGCAGCGCUGUGUUCAGACUGAUUGAAAGUGAAUACAACGACCCUCCAUUCAUUACAGUAAUGAGUGAAACAUGUAUGACAUGUAUGAACACAUAGCAGGAUACCAAUGAGGAUUUGGAUUCACCAUGAAUAUAUGUUGUACAAGACGAUUUAUUCCUGCAAGGGUGGCGAGCUGUGUUCAGACGUAUCAGAAAUAAAUGGUCUGAUUCUCCAAUCGUUCUGGUAACAAACAUUAUGCCAUAUAAAAACUCAAAAAGAUCUUAGCAGAGGAAGGAAUGAUUAUAACCAUGUAUCUGUGCACUGCAAGCGAUUAGAAUUCUACAAUAUAUUUGUGUUCUUCUUUUUUUCCAUUCGUGUGAACGCAUCUUUGCAAUGGCUUCGUUUCAUCAGAGAAUACAUUAACCCAACAGGAUUUGUGCUUCAGCAAUAAAGAACAUUAUCGGAAGCUUUCGCAUUUGGAUGAAAAUAAUACGCUGUGAGCCUUCACGAGUUGGUCAGUUCCAUCUUCAGAAGAUUUCUAUACCACUGAGAAAGGAAAUGCACCAGGCUCUUCAGUGAUCUAUUGCAGGGGCCCGUUGCAGAAAGAGUUGCAAUCAAUCGCAACUCUAAAAAUCAUGUGCAACUUAAUUUUCAACCAAUCAACAGCACGAAUUUGGGACUUGCGAUCGAUUUUUCAACUUGCGUUUAAAUGCAACUCUUUCUGCAACGGGCCCCAGGCCUGCCAACUACUCAUUUUUUUCCAGGAGUUACCCCGUUUUUUUAGAUUUUUUUUAUCAACCAAAAAGAGGAGCACUCCAUUUUUCCAUAUAUUUACUUGUGUGAUGGGGUAUACUGUAUGGAUGUGUGUAUGGGUGUAAGAGUAAUAUCGUUUUUCAACCCUUGUAAUUUCUCAAUGUUUAACUAUAAGAAUGCUAAACAUGUCUUAAAGUAAAAAGAAGUGAGGGAGACGCAUCUGACAUCGAGCGGAAAAAUUCGCGCCACGCGACAUUUUCAAAUGUUGGCAGACCUGCUAUUGGGUUUAUAUUCAAUUGCUUUACAUGCAGUUGAUCUAUUUCUCAGAUAGUCUUAAUAAGCCAGUUCGUAGUUCCUUUCUGCGCAUGAUCAAAAGAUUCUACGCAUGAUCAGAGGAAGGUCAUUUGUACUAAAGUGACAUGGUGGUUUAAAAUCUAAUGAGAUAAGCACCAACUUUGAUGUCUUGAUUAUUCAUAUAUUCUUUUGAAUUGUGGUUUUCAUUUACAUCCACAAAAAACAACGAUGCGUCCACGAACGACUGGUAUUUCACAAAGUUGUCCAUGAAUUAACUACGAACUGGUCUAUUGCUUUACAUGCAGUUGAUCUAUUUCUCAGAUAGUCUUAAUACUAGAAGGGCUUAACUCUUUUGGGCCCCACCUUACAAAGAGUUACGAUUGAUCUGAUCACUUGCAACUAUGGACGGCCAGCAACGUCAACAUAUAAUAUUCAUGUUUGUUCAAAUAUUUUCUAACUAUAAUGUAUAUUCAUGCAUUCAUUUUCUUGAAAAUUCACUGUGCUCUUAGUUUACAAAGGACAUUGUGCAAAUUUCCUAUAGAAAAAAUUAUGACAAUGAUGGAUUUCCAUAGAGUUACAAUCGAUUUGAUCAAUCGUAACUCUUUGUAAGACAGGUCCUUGGUCUACUAUCAAUGUAGUCUAUUUGCUGUUCGGUCUACACUCCAGUUAGUCUGAUAUCAACCCAAGUCUAAUUGCUACUGAGUCUAAUGCCCCAGUCUAUCUAAUUUCCACUUUAUGGUACGUUUGCUUGGUUAAAUGGGUCAUUUUAGAGGGCUGGGUCCAUUGUUGUGACAUACUCAGUAUUGGACCAUGAGGAAAGAGACCUUACGGCAAGUAGUCAAUUUACCAUUCAUUCACCAUUACUGUGCAAGAUGUAACCGCUCCUUAAAUAUUCUGUUGUCAAUGGUAUUAUGUAAAUGCAUUAGAAGCAUUAUAAAUUAUUUAUCCUGCAGUCUGCUGUACUUGACCUCAGCUUCAAUAUCCUUUCAGUAAACAAUGUCGUGCUGCACAAUAUGAUGCACAAAAUAUUGUUAAUUUAAAGCUUCAGUGAAAAAAACAAAGAAUAAUUGACCGCUUGUUUUAUCACUUCUGACGAUAUCAUGAACAAAAAUUUAGGUUUCAGGAUGUGUGACAUGUCACCCAUAAAACCACAAAUAAAUCGCCAAGGAAUGUUCUCCGGAAAUAUGCAAAAAAUUAAGUAAGAAUUUGAACAUGUGCUUAUAUGAAAGAGUAAUGCUUGUUAAUGCUGUCCAAAUAGAGUUGUUGUGUUAAAUGGCAGACAA